CCUGGGGCUUCGGCCGGACGCUUUAAAAAGCUCGAUGUGUGAUAGGAAUGACGUUUUCGGUGUUGCAUUUCCGGGAUUUUCGACCUGUUCACAUCGCCAGCACCAAACACAUCCGCGCCCACGGGCUUCGCGCAGUCCGAAACAACAGCAUCUACCGUUGCGCACCGUCUUCAGAGCAUUGGCUGCUGCUUCGAAUCGAACAUUGACAAUCACUCACACGGCCCCGCGUGAUGCACUUAUAGCGCGCCGUACCGAUCCGUCCGAUUCUCCGAGAGCCCCUCGUCGCCAACAGCGGAGUGAAUUCUAACUGGAGCUCGAAUGCCCCCGGCCCUCAUGAGCCAUGCCUCCAUGCCGGGGGUCUUGCCAUCCCAGCAUCUGAGAGAGGCUACCGAUGUUCGGCGCGCCGCGGUGGCCUCGACGAAAGAGCCUGCUGUUUGUCCGACGGACGACGAGGCGCAAGUCCCGCGCAAAGUAUCUCAGAACAAGCGGAACCUUGAUUACGUAUGGAGGUCAGGCGUAGCAGGAGGUUUUGCUGGCUGCGCGGCCAAAUCGAUUGUCGCUCCGCUCGACCGAGUGAAGAUUCUCUUCCAGUCUCACAACCCACAAUUCGUCAAAUACGCAGGGUCAUGGUUCGGUGUAGGAGCGGCAAUCAAGGAGAUCUAUCAGCAGGACGGACCGCUGGGGUUAUUUCGAGGCCACUCGGCCACCUUGUUGAGGAUCUUUCCCUACGCUGCGAUCAAGUUUAUCGCAUACGAACAGAUCAGAGCCAUCAUCAUUCCCCAGAGAGACAAGGAAACGCCGUUCCGGCGCCUCAUCAGCGGUUCGCUGGCAGGCGUCACAUCCGUCUUCUUCACAUACCCCUUGGAGGUCAUCCGAGUGCGGCUGGCGUUUGAGACUAGGAAGGAUGGCCGAUCGUCGCUCCGAUCAAUAUGCAGACAGAUAUAUAACGAAGGCCAGUUUCGGAAACCGCCACCCGCAGCGGACCUACCUGUAGCUUCAGCGAUCCGCGCUGCGGCUACAAGCCCCUCAACGCCCGCGCAAGCCGUGGCCCCCAGCUUCGGACUGGUCAACUUCUACCGUGGUUUCUCCCCAACGCUUCUUGGCAUGCUCCCCUACGCUGGCAUGUCCUUCCUCACACACGACACGGUAGGCGACCUGCUUCGCCACCGCAAAAUCGCCCAGUAUACUACGCUCCCGAAGCCGGAAAAUUCGCCGCCAGGCAAGCCAGCGCCCCUCCGACCCUGGGCCGAGCUGUUUGCCGGCGGCGUGGCAGGGCUUGUCUCGCAGACGGCGUCGUAUCCGUUGGAGGUGAUCAGGAGGCGCAUGCAGGUUGGUGGUGCAGUUGGCGAUGGCCGCCGGUUGCGCAUCGGCGAGACGGCGAGGCUUAUCAUGCGGGAGGCCGGCUUCCGGGGCUUUUUCGUGGGCUUGACGAUUGGCUACGCCAAGGUAGUGCCUAUGGCGGCGACGAGCUUUUACACCUAUGAGCGCCUCAAGACGUGGUUCGGCAUUUAAAGGCCUCAGUUUUCCUAUUCUCCUGUACCAACGGCAUGAGUGGCGUUCUUGUUUGAGGUUCCCAGUUCUCUUUUUGCAUACGAAUCCUGUCGUCCAGUCACAUAGACGCUUUAUACGGGAUACAAUGACAUACCCCCUUACCCAACAGACCCGGAGAUGUUUGGUAGCUGCGUAUAUUGCUAUUGCCUUCGCCC